UUUGUUGUGAGGAUUAAAUGAGAUGAUGCGUUCAGAGAAGCCACACGUGUGAAGAGCCCAGUGCAUCUGGCAGCUGGUACCACCAGGACUGCUCACUGUGUGCGACCUUGGACAAGUCGCUCGCCCUCUUCGACCACAGACCUUCUCCUUUGGGAAGUGGGGGAGGCCAGACAAGGCUGGCAGUCAGAAGGAGCUCACUGAAGAGCAGCCACUGUGGUAGUCAGCGAAGGCAGCUGGACUCCGGCACAAUCCUGAGACACUGUGACCGCGGAGGUUUUCUUGGUGUGUCAAGGAAGAGCGGGGAAUGUGAUCCGUCCCAGCCGCCGGGGGAGCCAGAGCAUAUCUGGUAUGUGUCUCUGGAAUGAUUUGGGGAAAAUUAACUGAAGUUGGAACUUAAGACGCAAACUGCCCUGGACACAGAGAUAGGGAGCUGUCCGUGUGCACACCCCCCACAAAGGGCUGGGGCCGGGGUGGGAGUCAGCUUACAGGGCACAGCGCGGCGCAGGCCCGCCCUGGAAUGGCCGUGAACUUGUUGUUUUUCCACGUCAUUUGCUCUCAAAUGUACUAUCAAGCCGGGCGAUGCUAACCCGGCGGCUGCAGGUCCCUCCUCGUAACAAGCGAUUGUGUGUUCUUUAGAGGUGGCCAAAGAGGAGGAGGGGGCCCGGCCCCAAGGAGGUGGGGGAAAGGGAAACAAGCCCUCCUUCAGAGUGAGCUUGCGUGUCCUGGAGCCAGCUCCCCGCAAAGCACAUGCCAUUUCUGGCCCUUGAAGGGGUUAAAGGCCUCCUGGAGUCAAAAACAAGCAGGUGUCCCACCGUGCCAGAUACGCUGCCUAAACUGCUUCCAGCUUCUUUUUUUUUUCCCCCCCUUCUGCAAUAAGUCUGUGAUCAGCCACGGGACAGAGGCGCCAGCAGCCUGCCUGUGACAGGCAUCAGGUUAGCUGGCUCCCACUCGGGUGGCGCGCCCAGGAUAUAAAUCCGGGCGCGGGCCCCUGCUGUGGCUCCUCUCCCUGCACACUCAGGAGAGGGAGCUUCCUUCCAAAGACCUUUCUUUUAUCUGAAGCCGCACAGCCCGGCAGGCUGUGCUGACUUGGUGCAGGCAGCAGCGGCAGAGCAGCCUGAGCAGGAAACCUGCUGGGGUGGGGAGGGCAGGUGUCUGCAGCCCCUGAGAAGAAGGCCCUGGUGGGCCCCAGACCCUGGCAUCGUUUCAGGGGAGGUCUCUAGCAGCCCCAGCCUGCACCAUGUGGGCCCUAAGGUGUCACCGGUUCUGGUCUCGCUGGGAGCAGGUGGCAGCGCUGCUGCUGCUGCUGCUACUGCUCGGGGUGCCCCCGCGAAGCCUGGCGCUGCCGCCCAUCCGCUAUUCCCACGCCGGCAUCUGCCCCAACGACAUGAAUCCCAACCUCUGGGUGGACGCACAGAGCACCUGCAGGCGGGAGUGUGAGACGGACCAGGAGUGUGAGACCUAUGAGAAGUGCUGCCCCAACGUAUGUGGGACCAAAAGCUGCGUGGCGGCCCGCUACAUGGACGUGAAAGGGAAGAAGGGCCCAGUGGGCAUGCCCAAGGAGGCCACGUGUGACCACUUCAUGUGUCUGCAGCAGGGCUCUGAGUGUGACAUCUGGGAUGGCCAGCCCGUGUGUAAGUGCAAAGACCGCUGUGAGAAGGAGCCCAGCUUUACCUGUGCCUCGGAUGGCCUCACCUACUAUAACCGCUGCUAUAUGGAUGCCGAGGCCUGCUCCAAAGGCAUCACGCUGGCUGUUGUAACCUGCCGCUAUCACUUCACCUGGCCCAACACCAGCCCCCCGCCACCUGAGACCACCAUGCACCCCACCACAGCCUCCCCAGAGACCCCUGAGCUGGACAUGGCGGCCCCCGCGCUGCUCAACAACCCUGUGCACCAGUCGGUCACUAUGGGUGAGACAGUGAGCUUCCUCUGUGAUGUGGUGGGCCGGCCCCGGCCUGAGAUCACCUGGGAGAAGCAGUUGGAGGAUGGGGAGAACGUGGUCAUGCGGCCCAACCAUGUGCGUGGCAACGUGGUGGUCACCAACAUUGCCCAGCUGGUCAUCUAUAACGCCCAGCUGCAGGAUGCUGGGAUCUAUACCUGCACGGCCCGGAACGUGGCCGGGGUCCUGAGGGCCGACUUCCCACUGUCGGUGGUCAGGGGGCAUCAGGCUGCAGCCACCUCAGAGAGCAGCCCCAAUGGCACGGCUUUCCCGGCGGCCGAGUGCCUGAAGCCCCCAGACAGCGAGGACUGUGGCGAAGAGCAGACCCGCUGGCACUUCGACGCCCAGGCCAACAACUGCCUGACCUUCACCUUUGGCCACUGCCACCGUAACCUCAACCACUUUGAGACCUAUGAGGCCUGCAUGCUGGCCUGCAUGAGUGGGCCGCUGGCCGCGUGCAGCCUGCCCGCCCUGCAGGGGCCCUGCAAAGCCUACGCGCCUCGCUGGGCUUACAACAGCCAGACGGGCCAGUGCCAGUCCUUUGUCUAUGGUGGCUGCGAGGGCAAUGGCAACAACUUUGAGAGCCGUGAGGCCUGCGAAGAGUCGUGCCCCUUCCCCAGGGGGAACCAGCGCUGUCGGGCCUGCAAGCCUCGGCAGAAGCUCGUUACCAGCUUCUGUCGCAGCGACUUUGUCAUCCUGGGCCGAGUCUCUGAGCUGACCGAGGAGCCUGACUCGGGCCGCGCCCUGGUGACUGUGGAUGAGGUCCUAAAGGAUGAGAAAAUGGGCCUCAAGUUCCUGGGCCGGGAGCCGUUGGAGGUCACUCUGCUUCACGUGGACUGGGCAUGCCCCUGCCCCAACGUGACCGUGAGCGAGACGCCGCUCAUCAUCAUGGGGGAGGUGGACGGCGGCAUGGCCGUGCUGCACCCCGAUAGCUUUGUGGGCGCGUCAAGUGCCCGCCGGGUCAGGAAGCUGCGCGAGGUCAUGCACAAGAAGACCUGUGACGUCCUCAAGGAGUUUCUUGGCUUGCACUGAAGCCCCCCACCCCUCCCUGCCCCUCCCUGGUCUUCUUCCACCUAUCCACCCCAAUGCCUCUCAGCAAACUGGGCGAGGUCAGAUUAGACAGGCUUGGGACAGCAGGGAAACAUCAACCGACGUGUCAGACAAAAAGCCACAAAGGGUCUCAGAUCAGCGUCUGUUCUUUGGGUUCAAUAAGGGGUUCAUAUCCUUUUUAGCUGAGGGGGACAAAAGGAGAAGUCAGUGGACACACGGAAGUUAUUCGUGACCACCAGCUCGCUCAGACAUUCUCCUCCCCUCACUGGCCCCACACCCCUGGGUCUCCCAGCCACCCUCCCCUAGCCAGUCUCCCAGCAAGGGUUUAAGAGAUGGCCGCUGUGUGCUGGUCACAGGAACAGUUGAAUGGAUUGGCUUGCAAAGGGGGUAGGUGGGGAGAGAUAGGAGGGCCCAGGGACUCAUGGGACACCUUUCCCACAGCCUCCUCGAUUGCCAUGAGCAGAGGCCACUUGGGGUUAGGGGCAUGGGCAGUAGCAAGCUGGAGGCAGAGUCCAGCCCAGCACAUGACUUGCCCUGAAUGGAAGCUGCUGGAACAGGUGCCUUUGGGUGGUGGUCAGCUUGCCUCUGACGCCACCACGGCACCAGCAGAAUACAUAUUUCUUCUCCUUGGCUGCAUUGGUUUGUCGAUCUAGUUCAGUUCAACUCAGUGGAUGUUCUCUGAAUGCUUACUGGGUGCCAGGACCACAGAGAGAUGUUAGUCACUGCCCAGCUCUUAGAGCCCCAACACAGAUGUCCUCAUCCCAGGGCCCCCAGACGCACCCCUCUGCUGGACUCACAACUGUCUGGAGUUUCUAUCUGAUGGAUGGUGUGCUUUCAUAUGCCACUGGUUUCCUUGGACAUAGAGCAGACAAAAGCCCCGGGAUCUGUUUGGUAGCAGGAGAAAUGCAGGAAGAUGAAAAAGCAGGCAGGGAAGGGGAUAGUAAUGGACUGAGAGAGGAGGGAGGUGGCUGGAGAAGGAAAAGGAACAUUGCUCGAUGCUCCCAUCUGGUGGCAGCCUCGGGAGCCCACGGGAACCUGGAAGGAGGCUGUCUGUGAGACCUGGGCAAAGGAUGGGGCAGCUCGUCGGUGAUUUUUUGUGUUUCCAGACUUUCUGUGUGAUCCUGGCCCUCCGGCCGCUAGAGAGAGGAUUGGGAAACCCCACUGUCAGCUCUGCAUCUGCCCCCACUACCCUCCUCUGCCCUAUUCUGUCCCUGCCCCUCCAAGCUGAAGAAGGUCCUUGUGGGGCGUCCUCAUUUCUUCCUCAAAUAUAAGGAGGAAGAUACCAAUUAAAAGCUCAUAGUAUCAAUGGCC